UUUUAGUUUUUGGUUUUUUUUCCUGUGUUUUUGGCUUCAUUUCCUGUUUUGCCCUCUUAUUUUGUGUUCACUUCCUGUUUUGUCUGCAUUCUGUUUGCCCCAGCUUCACUCUCCUUCUGAGCACUUGUUUGCUUGAUUGUCUCACCUGGUGUUGGUCGGUUGGUUGGUUUCUUUGUUGGUUGUGAGAUUAUUCCAGAUGUUUGCUGUCCUGGUGUUCGAAGAAACGUUCCCGGACAUAAACCAUGUGACCGACAGCAGACAAGCGGAUGUGGUUACGUACCAAAAUGUACUGAGGUGCCCAAAGGAGAAGAAUGAUGCCUCUUUACUGGGUCGUGAUUAUGGGGAUGCUCCCCGGUCUGGCUGUCCUGGCUGUUCGAGACCAAUGCACCGUUCAUGACACCCACAGUGCCCAUGAUGUGCUGAUGCGGUCAUUACAGUGUCAUAACGACUAUGAAUCUUACGUCCACUGCAAAUGGAGGGAGGGCCCACACAUACCGGCAUCCCUGCAGCUUUGGUUUCAGACAGAAGGUAGCAGGGAGCGAUGCGAGCCGACCAGCCCUGAACUCCGACACGAAGACGGGCACAGAACUGUCGAGUGUAAAUAUGAAACGCGUUCAUUUUCUAUCGGCAUUGAACACACGGUCUUCUUUCACAAGGACAACGUUCCGUGUCCAUCUGUCCGGCACACGCCUGUGGAGCUUUAUCGUCACCUGCGAGCACGCACACCAGUGGAUCUGGCCGCCCAUGACACAGGCGAUGGCCAUGUGUUGCUCAAAUGGUCCAGUCCUUAUCCUGCACAGUCCUCCCUGACCAAAAACCUCUUGUACCAAGUCAGCUACAGGCCAGAGAGACAAGAUACGUGGACAAUCAGGAACGAGACAAACACUUAUGUCAAACUGGACAUGAGGAUGCCGCGACAAGGUCGCAGGUUUGAGGCCAGGGUGAGAGACGUGGCCAACAUAGGACAGUGGAGUCACUGGAGCCCUGUGGUGACAUGGAGGACUAAAGAAGACAGCAGGCAGUUUCCCAGCUUGCAUUGCGUGCUGGAUGGCGAGAAGGAGGUGACGUGUAGCUGGGAGGUGAGCAGAGAGCUGGAUCACUUAAUUAGUUACCAGCUGGACUGUCAACACGACAACACAACACAGUCUGAAAGAUGCUGCGUGAACCCGACGGUUACCUUUGACCCCAGUCGGCCGCUGGUGCGUUACAGCUGCUCGCUGACCGUCGCCGACCUUACACAUCUGCUGCUGCAGCCAACACGCAACGCCAAGACGUUCAAGGCAAACGCACACAUUCUUCCCCGGCUACCACAGCAGGUGAAGGUGAGGGAGAAAGACAACAACUGGCUUGUAGAAUGGACCGAACCGAGCACAGCUUCAAAAGUCCGACUGUAUUAUCAAGUGAUGUAUUACAGCGCGCAGAAUCAGAAUUCUUCUGUCCUGCUGAACAUCUCGGAGGGUUCCACAUCAGUGACCAUCCCAGGUGUGUCUCUGAGCCCAUCCCAGCGCCACCAAGUCAAAGUCAGGUCUUUAGUCGUCCCUGGAGAGGGAUCACAUUACGAAGGAAACCCCUCAGAUUGGACCAAACCACUUGAUUGGACCUCGCAUCCAGCCACCUGGCCCUUGAGCAUCAUGGUCUAUUCCUUCAUCAGUCUGUUUGUGGUCAUCGUCUUCUGGGUAUUCUACCACGCUAUUCCACAAUGUCACAGCAAAAUGACCGUCUGGGUGAGCUCAAUUCCUUCUCCUGGCAAAAGCAAAGCUCUGUUGGAAAUCCAGUGUGCCACCGAUCAAGCCCUGAUAGACAACACUUACAUGUGGAAAAUGCAGCACAUGGACAACGUGUCGACAAGCUCCUCAAGCUCCUUGGUUAGGCCAUCUGAGGAUGCUGGAAAUAAAGAUUUGGAGCAGGACCGACAGGACCGCAAGUGUAAUAGCCUUCCCCUCCCUGCUGGGGGGGUUAAUAGCUCUGACCUUCCGGUGCACUUCAGCGGCCCAUAUAUCCUCUGUCAGUCCGCAGACUCCAACUGCAGGUGUGAAGUGACGGAGGAGAAAGACGAAACGCCGCCACACGGUCCUGACUCGCCGUCCGCGGUGUUCUUCACCCAGUAUAGAGAUGGUGACCGUUGCCAGGAUCUGGUGUCGCACUCUGGUGCCAACACAAACACACAGAGGUGUGAGCAGCGCCAUCAGUGCGUCGAUAACGCUGAUAAUCCACCCACCUGCAGUGAUCCUCCUCCGGCAUACAGUCCGGGACCCUCCUGGCCCACCAUCAGGGCCUCGGGGUAUUGUUUUUUGCCCUCAAAGUGAGUCUUUGGGUGCAUGCUACCUAAUCUAAACCCAAAAUAUCAUUUAAUCACCAAUUAAGUGUUAUGCGACGUCUGGCCAGUAGAGGGCAGUAGUUGACUGAGACCUAAAGCCUGAUCCAGUGAAUCAGAAUCGGCAUAUGGACCACAUUAACAUGGCCUGCACUGCAAAAAGUCAGUGUUCAAAAACAAGACAAAAAAAUACAAAAAUUAGGGGGUAUUUUAUUUGAACUAAGCAAAAUUAUCUGCCAGUAGAACAAGAAAAUUUGACUUGUCAAGACUUUCCAAAACAAGUAAAAUUAGCUAACCUCAAUGGACCCAAAAAUACCUUAAAAUAAGUAUAUUCUCACUAAUAACAAGUGCACUUUUCUUGGUAGAAAAAAAAAAGAGACCUUUUUGCUCAAUAUGUUGAAAAAUAUUCUUAAAUGAAGUAAAUGCUAGUGCCAUUAUCUUGACAUAAUGAUAUGCACUCGGCAUUACAUUUCUUGAAACCAGCAAACUUACACUAAAAACUAAUUUAUUGUUCUUAAUGGAAAGGCAACAAGGCAAGCGCUUGUUACUCUCGGGGUCUCCUAGCCGCUCAGGCAAAUCAUAUGGUCGAAAAAUGCAUUUUUCCAUGGAUAACAUGACAUCAUAGCGCCAAGUGCGUGCUCUUUCAGUCAAUUAGUGCGCGUAUAUACAGCCCGGCCCCCGGCCAAAAUUUUUUUAAUUGUAAAUUACAAGAAUUUAUCUGUAUGUGCAUGAACUAUUUCUGUUAAAAAAUGUUAGAAAUGUCACAUGUUAAAUGUUUAAAUAUUUACAGUUUACUGUACUGUGCCAACUGUACUACUAUAUGAGUACGUAGUUUCUAUUGU